AUGGAGGCAGAGCAUAGCCGGCCGGGUGAUGGGGAGCGGUCUGGUGGACAACAGCAGCCUCUGUCCGAAUCUUCACUUAGGGGUAGGUUGCCUCAACCACAGGAACAGGCUACCUCACAACCAAUCCAUGGAUCACAUGGUCGCCAUCAACAUAGACAGCCAAAACGAAGUGAUAUGCUCCAAAGACAGCAGCAACAGCAGUCUCAGGUGCAGGAAUCAUCCUGGCAACUUCCAGAUGUCCCGGGUGCCUCUGGAGGCAGCUACUCUUCAUCCCGUCUUGAAUCCUCUACCCAAGUUUCUCAUGUUCAGAGGACUCCAUCGCAGCCCAGUCAGGUAGUACAGGAAGGUACCCCGUCUAGACGGGAACGUAGGCCCCAAAAGCCAGGGAAGUAUGUGUGCACGUACUGUGGCCGACCAUGUGCAAAGCCCAGUGUCCUCCAAAAACACAUCCGCUCUCAUACAGGAGAGAGACCUUAUCCUUGCGUCCCUUGUGGCUUCUCUUUCAAAACUAAAAGUAACCUGUACAAACAUCGUAAAUCACAUGCCCAUCGGAUAAAAGCUGGCCUGGCGUCUACCCGUGAAGAGCACAGUUUUAGUGGAGCUGAGAGCGGAACAGUGGGAGAUGACCAAGAAGAAGCAACAGAAGCAGAAAGCACAGAUUCCGAGGAUGAGACUGGUCAGCGUCGACCAUCUACCUCUCAGGAUAGGCCAGCUCUAAGGAAAAGCUCCAAAGUUGAAAUGUCAUUCUCAGAAGAGGGACCAAGAACAGAGGACUCUCAAGCGGUCAAACAGAGGUUAGCUAUGCGACUCAGUGAAAGGAAACGAGUUCCCAUGACCUCACCAGACGAGACCCCAUCAUCCUCACUGGGUCCUGGUAGUAAAGGUAGCACUGAAUCUGGCUACUUUUCUAGCUAUGGGAGUGCUGAGCUUUCCCAGGUGAGCCCUCCCAAUGCCAACGCUAAAUCCUAUGCUGAAAUUAUUUUAGGCAAGUACGGACGAUUGGGUCAACAGCAAAGGAUUCCACACCAACAUCUUCAGUCGUCAUCUUCUUCAUCAUCUUUAGGUCAAGAGGAAAAAUCCAUUCCUUUCACUGUGCCUAAGACACAAGUCAUUGAGCACAUUACAAAGUUAAUCACUAUAAAUGAAGCUGUAGUUGACACAAGUGAAAUUGACAGUGUCAAACCAAGGCGUUCUUCUCUCUCAAGGAGAAGUAGCAUUGAGUCCCCUAAGUUUUCUUCACCCAAAGAUCCUUGUGUUUUUGAUCCAAAGGGAGAUGUUCCAGGCCCCAGUGGCAGUAGUGGACAAAUUAUUCUCAGUGGUUUUGCUGCUGAAAGGCAGCAUUCGCAACUGGUUGAAGACACACUUGCUGGCCAGUGUUCCAGUGCCGUUCUUCUGAGAAGUCAGUCAGUGCCAACCUCUGGUGGCCAAGAUGACCCGGUUAGUACAUCUUCACACAGCUUUCGCCUCAGCCACUCUUUUGAUGAACAGCAGGCUGCAGCUGCUGAGAUGAGGGUUGGUCAUCAUCAUCGAAUGUUAAGACGCCAGCCUGCCAUUGAGAUGCCAAUUGGAGCUGACCUUGUAGCAGAAGCAGGUCCCUCUACUUCCACUCUGGUUGAAUCAGGGUGGAAGUGUGAGAUAUGUGGAACUCUAUUCAAAAAGCAGGACAGUUAUGCAGCCCACAGAGUUGCCUGCAUGCAUAAACCUUCACACGAUCAGAAUGAGAAGGAAGGUAGUGCUGUACGAGAAGAUCGCCCACAAAUGAUGCACUAUAAGUUCAAGGCAAUGGCUAUGGCUGUUCGAAAAAGGAGAAAAGAAGAAAGUCUUGAAGAGGACCCUCCCAGUCCAGGUCCAGCAGCUGUCUCUUUUAACAUCCAGCCCACAACAUCAAUGAUUGGCACUAAAGGUGAUUUUAAGGGCUUCUCAGGUCCUCCCUCACAAACAGAGCUGGAAAAAAUGGGUCCUUUUAAAGAAAUCUCUGUAAUCCAGCACACUAGCUCCUUUGAAAAGCAGGAAAGCAUGUCUAUAGAGAGUCAAGAAUUAGAACUUGAACAUGAACAAUCGCUGGAGCCUAAACAAACUUCCACAUCCAGGUUAGUUCGACAACCCAACAUUCAAGUGCCAGAGAUUCUGGUGACAGAGGAACCAGAUACUGAGAUGGUUUCACCUCCAGCAAGUACAUGUGUCCCCAAAGAAUUAGAAAAAGAGGAGUUCCAAUGGCCUCAGCGUAGUCAAAGUCUGGCUCAGCUUCCUGCUGAGAAGCUGCCACCAAAGAAGAAACGUCUCCGUUUGGCAGAGGCAGCCCAGUCAUCAGGAGAAUCUAGUUUCGAAUCAGUCUCUCUGCCACGCAGCCCUAGCCAAGAGAGUAAUGUUUCCCAUACCUCCAGCCGAUCUGCUUCUUUUGAUGAAUCAGGAAAGACUGACUCUGAGAUGCAUACUGGUACGUGGAGCUCCCAAGGGUCUCACAUGCUAACUGUACCAGGUCCUUAUCAGCACCAUCAUUCUCACAGGGAAAUGCGGCGUUCUGCCUCAGAGCAGGCUCCUGCAAGUCCACCACAUCCUGCCCAAAUAGUGGAGACUAGAAGCAAGUCAUUUGACUAUGGAUCCCUGUCCCCAAAACCUACUUCAGCUUCUUGGAAGGAGAGGAGAAAAUGUCUCUUGGUAAAGCAUGCAACUCUUGGGAAGCCUGACCAGGAAGAGCCACUCUCUAGUUUACAAAGUAAUCCUAUUGUAUGUCGAUCCUACCCUCCGAUCGUAUGUCAGUCCUACCCUGACCACCCUGCACUCUCAAUUGGUGAGCACAGAACGAGCCACAUUUCUAGUCUUAACCCAGAGACUCUGGGCAAAACUCUGCAGCUUUACCAACCUCCUCUCCCUCUUCCAAAUACAGUUUACCCCCUCACAAGUCCAGAUACUUUUCCCCCACGGCAGCUCACUAGUUUCCUGCCAGUCACAACAACAAUAUCUGAAGUUUUUUCUACUCGUAUGUUUGAACAGGCCCUCAUACAUACGGUACCAUCUCCACUUCAUCCAAGACAGUUUCAUUUACCAGAGCGCUUAGUCCUUCCGGUUCAGCCUUUCCCAACUUUGCUACCUUUACAGUACUCUACUAGUGGUCUAAAAAUUCAGGUCCCCUCAGGCCCACCUGUCAGGGAAUCUAGAACAUCUCCACCCCCUGUACAUAGUCCAAGUUCCUCAUAUCAUCAGCUUGUUACCCACCAUCAGCCUCGCCCCAUCAUUGCUACAUGCCUUGAGCAGCUUACACCAGUGGUGUCCCUUGUGGUCCCUGUGCGCUUACAGACUCAGAUUUCUACUUACGGUAGCGCCAUGUAUACAACCAUCUCACAAAUUUUAGCAACAACACGAUCUCAGCAGCCAAUUUGCUGUACAGCCAUGGUCAUAAUGGGAAAGCUAGAGGGCAGCAAGCUUCAACAAUCCUACCUGAGGCUCCCAACUCCUGACUUCAAGACCGGCAUUCCUAUGUCACUGCCUCUAGAGUUUGGAGCAGAAAGCGCAUCUGAUGAAAGCUCUGGACCACUGGUUGCUGGAGGAAGUAAAAGAAUGCUUUCCCCUGCAGGCAGUCUAGAACUCACCUUAGAGGCACAACGGCAACAGAAACGAGUCAAAGAGGAAGAUGAGGAGAGUGAAGAAGAAGAAGAAGAAGAAGAAGAGAAAGGGGAAAAAGAAACAAAAAGUUGUGAGAAAUCUCAGGAAGAGAGUCAAGCAACAGACAAGGAGAGGUUAAUUGUUGGGGUAGAGUGGGGAAAAGAACAAGAGAGGGAAGUGAAAAAAACAGAGGAGUUACAGGAAUCUGUGUUGAACAAGCAGGAGGUUGUUCAGGUGGAAACUGAACCAUUUAAAAAAGAAGAAGGGGAGGAAGAGAGCCACAGAUGUGUAUCAGUGGUUGAGAUUAACGAGAGAUCUAGAGACCCCUUAUACCCCAGCCUUCACUCUUCCACAUCAGUGAGCUGGUGCUAUCUAAAUUAUACCAAGCCUAACCCAUCUGCACACAGAAGUCCACAAACAUCAGUAUAUUCUUCAUGGAGUGUCAGCAUGUAUAACCCCAAUCUGCCUGGUCUGUCCACAAAAAUGGUACUGUCACUGCUGUGUUCUAAACAAACAUAUAGCUCAGAGAUGUAUACCACGGCCACAGCUCCACCUCUCACCGCCGAGAAGCUGGUUCCUGCUAGCAACAAAAAGCCCAUGGUAUCAGAGGUAUGUGCCAAACCACCCAGCACAUCUGACAAAGUGAAAGAGGAGCCUGUGAGUAAGAGAGUCGAAAAAGAGGAGAAAAGUGCAGAGGAGCCUGCAACCACCUCCAAGCAGAGUGAGCCACCCCGAAUUUGCAUCUUUGAAGGAGGGUAUAAGUCGAAUGAGGAAUAUGUGUAUGUGAGGGGGAGGGGGAGGGGGAAGUAUGUGUGUGGUGAGUGUGGGAUUCGCUGCAAAAAGCCCAGCAUGUUGAAGAAGCACAUCCGCACUCACACAGAUAUCCGCCCCUAUGUCUGUAAGCACUGCAACUUUGCCUUCAAAACCAAAGGGAACCUCACUAAACACAUGAAGUCAAAGGCGCAUGGUAAGAAAUGCCAGGAGAUGGGAGUGUCUCAAUCCAUAGAGGAGCUGGAAGCUGAGGAAGCGGGGACCAGUGAGGAGCAAGUGUAUGAAUCAGAGGAUCAGGAGGAGCACCAGUUCUCUGAUGUUGAAGACUCUGAGGAUGAGGAUGAUGACAACGAGGAGGAUGAGGAGGAGGUGUCCUCCCAUGAUGAACCUCCUUCAUCCUGCUCCACUGACACUCGUCACUCAGACAGUGCUCAGGCUGACCUGCCCACCCCCACCGCUCCAGAAAGGGAGGACCAACCCUCUCCUUGCCGUGCAUGGAGCAGUGGGCAUGCUGCAUCGCCGGGCAGCAAGAGGGCACUGUUCUCCCGCAAGGGCUGGGAGCUUUCUCCCAGAGCUUUCUCCCCUGUAAGUGAGGGGUCACCUCUCAGGAGUCUGUCCCCCAGACUUGAGCUGUCCUCACCCAGUCGACAUCUCUCUCCCUCCCCAGAGAGAGGCCCUUCUCCUAUAAGAGCCUCUCCAGUCAGGCCUCUCUCUCCUCUCCGGCCACUUUCCCCUGCCCGCUACAGGAGCUCCAGAGCUAAUGUCUCACCGUCGCCACUCAGAGCCCAGCACAGACCCCAGCACAGACCCCACAGCUCCCCUGGACAGUUUCACUGGGAUUCCAGCACUCAGGCCAGAGAGAGCCAGAAAGAGAGGCCUGGUACUCCUGGUGCUCUGCAGACUCCACAGAGGCUAAGCCCUCCACAUCCCAGCCUCUUACCAUCAGCCCUGCGCCUCUCUCACAUUGAUCCUUCACCCCACCUGCCAGUCACGCCACGAACUCUGGACCGCAUGUUUAGCCAUCUCCCAUUACACUCCCAGGACCAGGCCCGCAUGCCUUACCAUAUGAUCCCUAUCGGAGGGAUCCAGAUGGUGCAGCUUAGACCCAGAACUCGUCCCAAACUGGAACGAAGUUCAUCCUCCACCCCAUCACCCACCUCUCCCAAUGAGGAUGCCCCUUUCUUCCUGGGCAGGAGGGACGCACCAUGGAGCCUACACCCUGAAACAAGCCAGCGAAGCACUCUGGCAUUUAGCGAAACACAGAGCCUGGAGAGAGGAGCCGGGCCAUCAGGGCUGAAAGGUCCUGCUAGCAGAUCCACAUCAGCCAAAUCAUCUCCACAAUACGGCAAUGGGGAGCAGAGGGACAAAGACAGAAAGCAAUAUGGCAGCUCACGGCCCUCCAAGACUCGCACCAUUGUUCCUCACACAUCUCAAGAAGUGGGCCAAGAUAACAGUAAAGGCACAGAGAGGAACCCUGGCUUUGGUGAGAAGGAGGAAAGAGCCUCCUCACAUAGAACUAAACAGCUUUCAGAACUAGAGUCAACGACCGAGGAGAGUGCAGGAGAAAAAUCUGCCUGCCCAGGUCAGAGCCAGGAAAGCAACCCAGACAGCACUUAAUAGCCUUUGUGCUCAAUGUCAAAAUGCUCUUAAUUGCUACUAUUAUUAUUAUUAUUGUUCCUUUUGUUUUGUAAUGCUAUUGUUUUUUUAUACAAAUUUUCAAUACUGUUGGUAACUUGGUAAAUGUUUGUUUUUGCAAUAUUCAAGAUUGUAAUAUGAUGCACUUUUUUUGUUUGGACAAAACAAUGUUUCUGUAAAUCUAUCACUUCUCUCUCACCUGUAUCUUUACUGACAUUACAAUCAAUCUUAAGGUAUCUAUUUGAAUAUGUAUAUGUUAAAAUACUUGUUAAAAUUAACUAUGAAUAAAUUUAUAAAUGACCAAGGUGAAUACUUAAACCAAGAGUAAUUCCAAUAUCUUGUCCCUUGUUCAGUAUUACUCAAAAUAUAGUUACGUGUGCCUUUUCUGUCAGAAUUUAUUGCUUGAAGUGUAGACAAAGAUGAAAGGCUGUGAAUUCUUUUAUUAAUAUAUGAUUUGUUUUGUCUUUUGGUGGAGUUGGUGUUAGCAGAAUUGGGAGGUGUAUUUUUUUUUCCUCAAGUCAGGGUAAAAGUAAAAGACGUUUGUACUGAAGACAGCUGAAGGAGUGGAGAGAGUUUUGCAAAGAAAUUGCACUGAAGUCAUAUUUUUUAUAUACAAAAAGAAAUGAAAUUAUGUCUGUACAGAUGAGAAAUCUAUGGUCCAUAUUUAUUGCCAUGUGGAAAUAUGAAAAUGUUUUACGUUUUGUUUACUUUAGUUUUUGAAAUAAUUUUUAUUGCAAUUUUUAUUCUUUACACUUUUGUUUAGUACUUUUCUGUUACGUUCUGAAGACUUGAAUUAAAGAAACUGGACAGGGUGACAGUGAAGUUAGUCAACAGCUGCAGGGUUGGGUGGAUCAAAAGCCUUCCGAAUUUGUCACAGAUACCUAUAAUUUCUGAACCAAUAAAGGUGCACAAGAAAUGAC